UUCGCCUGAUUACAAUGGCUGAAGCUGUAGAGGCUGUCGAUCGCGAACGGAGUAAGUUGGAAAAGCGCCUCCGCUCUGUAAAGACGUCAACAAUAUCAUCACUGUCUGAGUUAACUUCUGAGUUGACUCAGCUUCAAGAAAGCAUCAGACGAAACGGUGACGGUGAAGAAAUGUCAUGUGAACAAAAUAAUUUGUUACUUCAAAGUCUAGAGCUCGUGAGAGAUGGAGUUGGGAAGCUCAGCGGCGAACACAAAGACAUCCACGGCAGCAUUUCUAAAGUCGGAAGAGCCAUUGAUAGAAAUUUUACAUCUGACAUUCACGUGUGCAGUCAAGACAAUGUAUUGGAUUCUCCAGAACAAGCCUCUAUGUUGAACGAAGUUGUAUAUGAACACUUUUUGAGACAGGGACAGAUGGCUGUGGCCAAGUGCCUUAUAGAGGAAGCUGGUGUUGUAGUUGAUCAGGCACAUCACAGUCAGUAUGUCCAAUUGAAUUGCAUUCUAGAGGCAUGUAAGGCGAGAAACCUUAGCCCAGCAUUGAGUUGGGCAAGUAAGCACAGAGACGCAUUAGAAGCUCAUAACAGUCAACUUGAGUUCAAACUUCAUCGUCUUCAGUUUUUGUCACUGCUACAAGCUGGUGACCUUAGAGCAGCUUUGGAUUAUUCAAAGAACUUGGCUUUAUAUUCAACAUCAUUUAGAAAAGAAGUGCAACAGCUCAUGGGUUGUUUUCUGUACAUUUCACGAGGCUUGGGACAGUCUCCAUAUGCAGAAUUGCUACAUUCAAGGUUGUGGGAAGAGGUUUGUGACGACUUUAUGCACGAAGCAUGUGCAAUACACGGCCUUGCACUGAACAGCCAUCUGGCAGCAUGCCUCAGUGUUGGAUGUCAAGCUCUUCCCAGUCUACUGCAGAUCAAAGCUGUCAUGCAACAGCGACAAUGCCCAGACAUGUGGAUCUCCAUGAAUGAGCUUCCGAUUGACAUAGAUCCUGGAUUGAAAUUCCAAUACCAUGCUGUCUUUGCUUGCCCUAUUCUCCGCCAGCAGUGUACAGCAGAGAACCCACCAAUGAGGCUGACAUGUGGUCACGUCAUUUCAAAGGAAGCAAUUAACAGACUUGUAGCAGGAAUAAGAUUGAAGUGUCCCUACUGCCCUGUUGAAAUGACAUCUGAUGAACCAAGACAAAUUUACUUUUAGUAGACUUAGGAAUGACGCUAUACAAAUAUAAGGUUUUCUUUAUCAUCAUUUGAACUAAAGUAUAAUAUAGGACCAAUCGGUCAAUCGAGUGUA